AUGCCGAAGGAAAAGAAACCGAAGAAACCGAAAAAGGCGGUCCCGGAGAUUCAGCCCGUCGACGGGCUGAGCGCCGUGGACCGGCAGUUCUACGAGAUCACCAUCAACGACCUGAACCAGAAGCUGGCCCGCCUGCGGACGCACAACGUGAAGAUCGAGGAGCGCAACGAGGAGCUCGAGAGCCGCCUGAAGCAGAUCGAGGAGGACCGGGCGGACGUGACCGCGUACCUGGACCGGACGCUGCAGGAGAAGGUGGGCACCAUCGUGGAGCUCGAGGACAAGCUGAGCGAGCUGUCGAAGGUGCGGGACCAGGAGAACGACGAGUGCCUGCGGCAGAUCAGCACGCUCGAUGGCAAGUAUAGGGCGAUGCACGAGCAGCUCACGUCCGAGAUCAAGCUGCUGACCGGGAAGCUCAACUCGAUGGAGGAGUUCCGGUUGCAGCGCGACGAGCUGAUGGCCAAGUUCGACGCGCAGGACAGCGAGCUGAAGGAGCAGAACAAGCGGCACAAGUCGACGCUCUACGAGAUGGAACGGAAGGUGAUCCUGGACAAGGACCGGCUCCGGAAAGACGUCGAGAACAAACUGCUGCAGCUGUCGACGGAGUUCACCAAGUCGUCCGAGAUCCGGGUGGCCGCCCACACGCAGCGGCUGGUGCGUGAGAACAUUGCGCUGAACAACGAGAUGGACCGGAUGAUCUACACGCAGGAGCGGCUCCAGAAGCAGCACACCGAGCUGCGGAAGCAGAGCACGGAGCUACGGAACCAGGCCAACAUCGACGUGGCCGAGCGGCAGCGGUUGAUGCAGACGUGCCAGGAGCGACUCGAGACGAUCGAGAAGCUGACCGACCAGUUCGAGGCGCUCGUGCAAAAGAACGCCGAGCUGAACGCGUACCAGCUGCGGGCCGGAGAGCUGGAGAGCGAGAACAAGGCCACCCGCAAGGAGUACACGCACCUGCGGCAGAAGGUGCGCGUGCUGGAGCAGUACAUCCACUACAUCAACUCGGACCGCCAGACGCUGCGCAGCGAGUCGGAGCACCACCGGAAGGAGUUCGAGCGCAUCGCGGACGUACUGAAGACGGUCCGCUACACGGUGCGGUCGGCUUUCAAGGGCGACGAGGAGGACUCGGACCUGCCGUACCAGGAGAUCAAACGGAAGCGGCUGAUCGCGGACCUGCUGAACACGCUCAACGAGCUGGAGAUGCAACCGCAGGCGGACCAAUCGGUGGAGACGAUCGUGGCGUCGCUCACCGAACUGUACGACCAGGGUGACCUGGGAGUGAUUCCGCGCGAAUCCAUGGACACGAUCCUGCGUAAGACGCACGGCUACGACGAAGCCAGCGACUCUCCGAUCAUCAGCUCCAGCACCGACCAAGUGCCGGGGGCCAAUCUGGGGGGUGAUGAGGCGGAAAAGUCGAGCGCCGUGACGCUGGACGCCGAAGACACCAGCCAGGCCGAUGGCGGUGGGGCCAUCAUCGAUGUGGUCAGUGGGUCACGGCUCGUCUUUCACGAUUCGAAUGAAUCGUUCGAAGAUGCCGAGCAGCCGAGCGCAGCCGUCGACGGCUCCGGGGACGACCCAGACGAUGAGGAGUGGGUAGAAGAGGGUGAAGAGGAGGACGAAGGGGAGCUUGGUGAUGAUGAGGCAAGCCAGCAGAGGCUGACCCAGCAGCAGCAGCAGCAGCAGCAGUACCCGGACGGAAGCGUCGUGAUCAUCGAUGCACCGGAAUCGAUCGAGGAUGAAACGAUCGAGUUUGCCGGCUCCAAGAGUGAUUCGGACUGA